AUGGCCAAUCAGACAGAAGUUUAUGAAAUAACACUUGUUGGUUUUCCAGGACUUCCAGAAAAAUAUAAUAUCCCAAUCUCUAUACUCAUGCUUCUUGUGUAUAUGGCAUCAGUGUCUGCGAAUGGCAUCGUAAUCACUAUGGUGAUGUUGAAAGAACAGUUACACAAACCGAUGUACCUGAUCAUUGCCAAUCUGGCCACGGCGGACCUUUUAUUCGAUACUAUAACCUUACCCAAAAUGAUUGGUAAAUAUUGGUUUGGGGUAACGACGACCUUUCCUGAGUGUCUUCUGCAAAUGUUUCUUGUCCAUUACCUGAACACAACCGACUCGUACAUUUUCAUGCUUAUGGCAAUUGAUCGUUAUGUCGCCAUCUGCAAACCCCUUCGGUACCCUUCUAUAAUCAGCAGGCGAGCGGUAGGAAUCGGAUGUUGCGUCUGCUGGGUCGUCGCAAGUUUUACCGCGUUGACCGCGCUCGUCAUGAACGCUCACGCUCCACCGUGUGGUUCCAACAAGAUCAAUACCGUGAUGUGCACCAACAUUGCGGUCACUGCCUUGGCCUGCCAAGAUACGUCGCUCAUUAAAAAGACCACCUAUGUUUUUGCUAUGGUGAUACUUUUUCUACCGUUGAGUUUUAUUCUACCGUCGUACAUCAUCAUCAUUCACAUUAUCCGCUCGUCACCCGGCACCGAAAGCUGGCGGAAGGCGUUCUAUACUUGUACGACCCAUUUGUGUGCGAUUGCGGUUCAUUACGUCCCGAGGGUAUUUGUAUACACAGCACAUGAAGUCAACUUAAAUUUCAAUGCUGAUAUUAACGUAUUGCUGCUUUGUUUAUACUCAUAUGUCCCGCACGUAUGUAACCCUAUUAUUUAUUGUCUCCGGAACAAAGACAUAAAGGGGUCUGUCGCCAAGCUACUUCCGAGAAGGAUACUUUUCAAAGGAGUAAAUGUGUUUUCUCCCCAAACAAUUACUAUAUGA